AUGUUAUUAAUCGGUAUUUGUAUUCAUAUUCAAGCAACACCUAUUUUUCAUAAACACAAUUUCAUUGUUGAAUACGAAAAUAAUACAAAUGAAUUUAGUCUGCAAUUUGUUAUAUUAUCAUGUACAUCAGAUAAUGAUUGCCAGAUGAAUAGUUGGUGUAAUGAGUACAAAUGCGAAUGUAGAAAAGGUUGGUUAACAUGGUACAAUAAUGAACAAUGUUCUUAUAAACAACUAUCAAAAUUUUCUACUUUUAUUUUAUCGUUUCUUGUUGGUGGUGCUGGUGUUGAUUGGUUCUUUUUAUCACGUAAAGAUAAUUUAUAUAUAUUAGUUGGUUUAUUAAAGUCUCUUAUAUCAGUUGCCAGUUGUAUUUGGACUCGAUUAGCUAUAAUCAUCGGGACUGAUACAUCAAUAAGCAUUGCUAGUUGUCUCGGCGCUUGUUUAACUCUCAUAUCAAUUAUUUGGUGGUUUAUUGAUUGGAUUCGAAUCUUAUGUAAUGACUUUUUGGAUGGUAAUGGUGCUCCACUUAUUUAA